AUGACCACCGACCUCCCCUGUCCCUUCUGCAACAUUGCAGACACGCACAAACCCUACGACCCAGCGCAUCCUCCCGCCUCAAUCGACCCCGAAAAGACCAGCCCGUCCUCGUUCCUCCUGCUCUCGACACCGACGCUGAUCGCCUUCCUCGACAUCCUGCCGCUGUCACGCGGUCAUCUCCUCGUCUCACCGCGCGAGCACCGCCCCAAGCUAAGCGACACAUCACCACUCGAGGCGCGCCGUCUCGGCGCCGCCGUGCGCGUCCUCUCGAAAGCCGUGUGUCGCGCCACAGGUGUAGACGACUGGAACGUCGUGCAGAACAAUGGCGCGGCAGCCGCCCAGGUCGUCCCCCACGUACACUACCACAUCAUCCCGCGACCCGAGCUCCGUGCGCAGGGCAAGUUGAGGGAGAGCUUCACCAUGUUUGGCCGUGGCACGAGGGAAGAGCUGGACGAUGACGAGGCGGUCGUUCUCGCGGCCGACAUUCGCCAGAGGGUGGCCGAAAUUAUACAGGAGGAAGGGAAAGACCUUUUAGACGACUUUGAGAUCAAGUCCAAGCUAUGA